CAUCACAACAGGAAGCAUGAGAAUCAGGGGAACAACGCAGGUUUACGGGCAGAAUGAACCAUUUAAACGCUCAGUAAAUCAGCUUGUCUUUUAGAAAAACGGUUUAUCUUCUGUCGGCGUCAAUGGACGUGAUUCAUGAACAACACAACUCUAUUAGCAGCCAAUAGGUACGGCGAACUAGGCUCAGACGCAUCGCCAGUUCACCUAUGAUGGAACGGGCGAUGGAGCAGCUUAAUGUACAGCUCAGCCGUCUGACCCGCUCCCUCCGCCGGGCCAGAACCGUGGAACUUCCAGAAGACAAUGAGACGGCAGUCUACACACUCAUGCCUAUGGUCAUGGCUGACCAGCACAGGUCUGUGUCAGAAUUGCUCCUCAACUCCAAGUUUGAUGUGAACUACGCCUUUGGACGAGUAAAGAGAAGCUUGCUACACAUUGCUGCCAACUGUGGGUCAGUGGAGUGUCUGGUUCUGCUGCUGAAGAGAGGAGCCAAUCCAAACUAUCAGGACAUCUCUGGCUGCACCCCUCUGCACCUAGCUGCUAGGAAUGGACAGAAGAAGUGCAUGGGCAAAUUAUUGGAAUAUAAUGCUGAUGUCAAUAUCUGCAACAAUGAGGGCCUGACUGCUAUCCACUGGUUGGCAGUUAAUGGCAGAACAGAGCUUCUGCAUGAUCUGGUCCAGCAUGUGUCUAAUGUGGAUGUGGAGGAUGCCAUGGGACAAACUGCGUUACAUGUAGCAUGUCAGAAUGGACACAAAACAGUCUUUCCUUGUGAGCUCCCUCCACCUGGAUUCUUCAGAGCAGCACAGUGUCUCAACCAGACGGUGUUGUGUCUUCUGGACAGUGGAGCUGACAUCAACCGACCAAAUGUCUCUGGAGCCACACCUCUGUACUUUGCUUGCAGCCAUGGACAGAGGGACACUGCGCAGAUCCUGCUCUCUCGUGGUGCCAAAUACCUUGCUGACAAAAAUGGAAUCACUCCAUUGGAUCUCUGUGUGCAGGGUGGAUAUGGGGAGACCUGUGAGAUUCUCAUCCAGCACCAUGCUAGAUUGUUCCAGAUGCUAAUCCAGAUGACACAGAAUGAGGAUGUUAAAGAGAAUAUGCUCAGGCAGGUUUUGGAGCAUGUGUCUCAGCAGAGUGACAGUCACUAUCAGAAGGUUUUGACCAGUCUUGCAGAAGUGGCGACCACUAAUGGACACAAACUUCUCAGUCUGUCCAGUAGUUAUGAAGCUCAGAUGAAAAGUCUUCUGAGAAUAGUUCGUAUUUUCUGCCACGUGUUCCGCCUCGGCCCUUCUUCUCCCAACAAUGGCAACGAUAUGGGCUACAAUGGGAACAAGACGCCUCGGAGCCAGGUCUUUAAGCCGUUGGAGCUGCUAUGGCAUUCUCUUGAUGAGUGGCUGAUGCUCAUCUCUACAGAGCUGGAAAGAUCCACGAAGAACCCAUCUUUGUCUUCUUCCAGCAGUGAGAUAGCGUCCCUCCUGCUCAAGCAGCGGGAGUCAGACCCCUCCAGGACCACGCUCUCCUUGCUGGAGGGAGAAGCGUAUGUUGACGGGGAGGAUGUGAUCUCCAUGACAGCCAACCGGCUCAGUGCCGUUAUUCAGGCCUUCUACAUGAGCUGCUCGUGUCAGAUGCCACAGGGAAUGACCUCCCCACGCUUUAUAGAGUUUGUCUGCAAGCAUGACGAGGUGCUGAAAUGUUUUGUAACCAGGAAUCCAAAGAUCAUCUUUAACCAUUUCCAUUUUCUGCUUGAGUGUCCAGAGUUGAUGUCACGUUUUAUGCACAUUAUUAAGAACCAGCCUUUUAAGGAUCGCUGUGAGUGGUUCUAUGAGCAUCUGCUGGCUGGCCAGCCAGACUCAGACAUGGUCCAUCGUCCUGUUAAUGAGAGCGACAUCCUUCUCAUCCACAGAGACUCCAUAUUCAGGAGCAGCUGCGAGAUGGUUUCCAAGUCCACUAAUGAGAAGCUCAAACAGGGUAUAGCUGUCCGCUUUCAUGGUGAGGAAGGCAUGGGCCAGGGUGUGGUUCGGGAAUGGUUUGAUAUCCUGUCUAAUGAAAUCAUCAACCCUGACUACGCUCUGUUCACCCAGUCAGCUGAUGGUACAACCUUCCAGCCCAACAGCAACUCCUCUGUGAAUCCAGACCAUCUGAACUACUUCCAGUUUGCAGGUCAGAUUUUGGGUCUGGCUCUCUACCACCGGCAGCUGGUCAACAUCUACUUCACCCGCUCCUUCUACAAACACAUACUGGGUAUUCCAGUAAAUUAUCAGGAUGUGUCAUCUAUCGAUCCAGAGUAUGCUAAAAACCUGCAGUGGAUCUUGGAUAAUGACAUCAGUGACCUGGGUCUGGAGCUGACCUUUUCUGUGGAGACAGAUGUGUUUGGAGCCAUGGAGGAAGUGCCACUCAAACCUGGAGGGAGCAGCAUCCUGGUCACUCAAGACAACAAGGCGGAGUACGUCCAGCUGGUGACGGAGUUGAGGAUGACACGAGCCAUCCAGCCUCAGAUAAACGCCUUCUUGCAAGGAUUCCACACCUUCAUCCCCCCGUCGCUCAUCCAGCUUUUUGAUGAAUAUGAAUUGGAGCUUCUGCUAUCAGGGAUGCCAGAGAUGGAUGUGGAAGAUUGGUGCAGAAACACAGAGUACACCAGCGGCUAUGACACUGAAGAUCCUGUGAUCCAGUGGUUUUGGAAGGUGGUGAGGAGUCUCACCCAGGAGGAACGUGUCUUAUUGCUGCAGUUUGUCACUGGAAGUUCCAGGGUUCCUCAUGGUGGCUUUGCCUUUCUCAUGGGUGGCAGUGGUUUGCAGAAGUUCACCAUUGCUGCAGUGCCAUAUACCUCCAACUUGCUGCCUACUUCCAGCACCUGCAUCAACAUGCUGAAACUGCCAGAAUAUCCGACCCAGGAGAUUCUCCGAGACCGACUGCUGGUAGCUCUGCACUGUGGGAGCUAUGGAUACACCAUGGCCUGAACACUCUGCUGCUGUCAGGGCCUCCACUUCUGCACGGUUGCUAAUAGAGGUUGUUGUUGUUGUUGUCAUCAUCAUUAUUAUUGUUCUUAUUUUUUAAUAUAAUGCUGGGAAAACUGUUGAACCACAGGUUCUGCACACUUUUAGUUGUUUGAGGCAUUGCAUCAGCAAAAUGGUAGUUAAUGUAAAUAUUUAAUAUUUCAUCAUAUAAUUUACUGGUCAAUCAAUGCUGUUUACGUUUAAAGACUUUCUGCAUAAGAUACACAAAAAUGGUAGGAAUCAAUGGGAAUGCUGAACAUUCCAUAUCAGAGUUUGAGGAGCUUUCUCAGGUUCCAGCCGCAACCAUUAUAUAUAUAUAUAUAUAUAUAUAUAUAUAUAUAUAAAUUCCCACACACCUGUAAGUUUUUGCACUGACUGUGGUGUUAUACUGUACUGUGGGCUGAAUGUAAAGAUGUUUGCAGGCAGAAGCCAACCACGUGAUAUAUUGAAUCCUGAUUUUGAAACAUCCACUGAGCAAAUACAAAAUGCCCAUCAAGUGUGUGUAAAUUGAUGAAUUCUUGGCACCACAAAUUCCAUGGAACCAUUUCCUACCUGAAAAAGUCGGGCACUACAUGACCAACUUUCACCAAAACCUCAUGGAAAAGCUGAUAAUGUCAUGUUCCUGAUGUCAGAAAGCAUUUCCAACUCAACUUUAUUCUCUAUGUACUGGUUUGCUUCUAAUAAAAACCACGUAUUGGUGUGUUCAUCACUGAUCUUGAGUUCAGCUCCCAUGUCUAGUGUCUGAAGAAAUAGAAAGCUUGUCAUGGUACAUGAACCCCUGAGGAUGAGACCUAUUAGAGGAAACCAAAAUGAUGCUGAACAUUCGAGUUGUUCCACACAAAGAAAUCAAAUUUUGUUUUUUUUUACCAUAUAAUCACGAAAAAUUCCAUGGAAUAAAUAUUUUAACAAGUUUUAUUUGUCAGCGCCUAUCAAAACAUCCAUUCACCUGUUGUGUCUGAAUGGAUGUGAACUGGCUGUGCUCUCCCACAGGAGGAUUAUCACUGGGAGCAUAAAAAGGAUUCAAGGACAUUUUCAUUUAGGUGCGUCUGUGUAGAAUUCAACUGUUUCCUCCUCAAAAAGUAAUUCAGUCAUUCUCCCAACAGCAAUUUAAAAACUCAAUACCACCUAUAAAACCAUAUCAGCACUGACUGCUCUGAUCAAACUACUGUACAUGUCUACAAUUAAACUUGAAAGCAGGAGGUGCUGUUGCUGCCUACAUUUAGCCCACAAACAUCCACCCAUAAACAGAGUGUCAUGUCAUGUUCUUGGUUUAUCUCUGGUUGAAAAUCUUGUGGCCGUUUUAAGGAUUUCAUUUUCCUGUGCUGGAGAAGAGCUGAACUGACCUGUAUUGAUGAAUUCAAAGUGUUUUCCAUUUGUUGUCACAGCUGCUGGGGCUCUCUCAUCAUAUCAUGUGAUUGACUGUGCCGACUCAGAGUAUUGCCUUUGUCUGAAAUGAAGACCAAUAUUCUAAGUGAAAGUCUUUUGUUUGUACUUGCCCAAACAUUUGGCUUGCAGUGCCAAAACAGUGAAACCUCUUCCAUCUCUGUUAUUGUUGUUGGUGGUACAAAAUCCUCCUGAAAGUGUGGAGAGGAUGUUGUGAAUAUGACACAUCCUUGUUUUCUCUCUAAAGGGAAUUAAGACACCCAUUAAUAUACCGGUUCAUGUGUUAGUGUUGUUUUCAGUUCUUGCCAGAAAUGCUGAUAGAAACUGAGGAUGUUGUAACAGGAGUUUUUAUAAAUAUUGUACUGUACAUUUCUUCAGCAGAAAAUUAUGUAUUUUACUUUAGAAUACUUGUACUUAGAUUUCCUGAAAUAAAGGAAAUGAUUUGGCAACAACUCCCUGAGACAAUAAUUCAACAGAGCAGGAACAGAUCAUUUAUUUUAAAAAUGACACUUUGGAAGCAAAGAGAUUUGUGCUCUCUUAGUCGCUCCGCAGUGUAGUUUAUUUCAAAAUAACAUUUAGAUUUUUGAACAUGAAUAUUGACAGUAUCAGACGCAGAGGAAGAUGAUGCUGGAAUAUCAGUUACUGAAAGGUACAUACAGUAUAUUCAUAGCAUUACUCUAUUAUUACACCUGGAAGGCCGACAUGUGAAAGAUUCAGAUUUCAAUUCCCAUGAGUUCCCUCAGCUCUGACAUUCAGAGUAUCCAUCAGGGAAAUAAAGUAACCAUCCAGACUUCAUGCAGAGCUUUUUUUUUCUUUAACUGAACAAAAUUUCCUUUAUAUUUUGUAGAGUUAAAGAAAAAUGUUUCAUGUAACUGAGCAUGGUAUAGAGAAAUACAUUUUAUUAAUUUAAAAAAAAAAUCAUAUUUUCUGAAAGGUUGAAAGAAGUGACAUGACUUUCUAUGUCAGCCACAACUUUGAUCAUUAUUCCCUUGCUAAUGAAAACAUGAUAUUUAAGAUUACAGUGUUGCAUCAGAGCUAUAAAAAACAUUCUUAAUGCACAAAUGUGGGCUUAAAAAUAUGCUUUUCAUACAUGUUUCAAUGUGACAAUGCAUUCUAAUUUACUGGUUAUAACUAUAUAUCCCUGCGCCUCAGUCGGUUUUAGACUUAGCUGCAACUUACAACCUUAUAGUUUCCAAGUUCAUAAAUUUUUCAAAUAAAUUCAUUCAACUGA